AUGCCACCCGAUAGUGAUACUAUCGACGUACACGUGCCAGGCACCCAGGCGAGAGCAGAAAUCGAAGCUCAGAUCCAGAAUGAGAUAGAUAUGGAAACCACGGAACCAGCGACGCCUACGCAGACUACUAUACCUAGCAAAUACGCACUAGGAGCAACUUCUCACCAUUUAGAGAGCUACGCUUAG